GCCUGCGCACAAGGCAGGGUCAUGCCGCCGCUUCCCGGGCCUUCUGGGUAGUGUAGUUUUGGGGGGGGGGGUCGGCGCGGGACCUUGAUUCCCCUCUGUGGAACCCCCCAGGCGCGGACCCACGGCGCGGCCCGCCGAGUAGGCGCCGCCCGCGGGGCCGGAGGCUCUGAGGAUGUCUGCGGUGCUCCAGAAGCUCAAGAGGUUCAAGCUGCGGGCCCUGCACAACCAGAAGAAAUUUGGGGUGGCGGGCAGGAGCUGCGAAGAAGUGCUGCGGAAGGGGUGCCUCCACUUGCAGCUCCCCGUUCCUGGCUCCACCCUGUGUCUCUACGAGGAUGGCACGCAGCUGACUGGAGAUUACUUCUGGAGUGUCCCCGAUGACUCGGAGCUCGUGCUUCUCACUGCGGGGCAGACCUGGCAGGGUUACGCGAGUGACAUCAGCCGCUUCCUGCGCGUGUUCCAGGAGCCGCACGCGGAGCUCAUCCAGGCCGCCCGGCAGCUGCUGUCGGACGAGCGGGCCCCGCUGCGGCAGAAGCUCCUGGCCGACCUGCUGGGCACCGUCAGCGAGAACAUCGCGGCCGAGACCAGGGCCGAGGACGCGCCGUGGUUCGAAGGUUUGGAGUCCCGGUUUAGGAACAAGUCUGGCUACCUGAGAUACAGCUGUGAGAGCCGGAUCCGGAGCUACCUGAGAGAGGUGACGUCUGGCGCCUCCCUGGUUGUGACGGAGGCUCGGGAGGAGUACCUGCGGGUGGUGGGAGCCAUGUGCCAGAAGCUCCAGGCCGCCCGGUACAACAGCAGUUACUUCGACAGGGGGGCGAAGGCCAGCCGCCGGCUCUGCACACCUGAAGGCUGGUUCUCCUGCCAGGGUCCCUUUGACAUGGACGACUGUGCUUCCAGACACUCCAUCAACCCCUACAGUAACAGGGAGAGCCGCGUCCUCUUCAGCACCUGGAACCUGGACCACGUAAUAGAAAAGAAGCGCACGGUCGUCCCCACGCUGGCCGCGGCCAUCCACGACGCCGAGGGGAGAGAAGUGGACUGGGAGUACUUCUACCGCCUGCUCUUCACCUCUGAGAACCUCAAGUUAGUCCACAUUGCCUGCCACAAGAAGACCACGCACAGACUCCACUGCGACCCCAGCAGGAUCUACCGAGCCCCGGCGGUGCCCCGGCGGAAGCGGCCUGCUCGCCAGCGCCCGUGACGCAGCCUGGACAGCACAUGCAUCCUUCCAACUGGUGCUACUGUUUUUUUUUUUUUUUGCCACUCCAGUAUUCCCGGAAAACACUUGAAAAAAAUCUUCCUACAGAUUCUGGUUUGAGCACAUUUCUGAAGCUGUUUUCUGACCUCGGCAAGCCCAGCUGCCAGAGGAUAAUCCUGGUGGCUCCCGGGACACCCGGGGUCAGGAGUGGCCUCCCUCCGGCUUCACCCAUGCGUGCGUGCAGUGUCCCCAGCCAGGCGGCUCCCCUCUCGCCUGGCCACUCGGGCUUCAGGGAACUUGUGUGAGCCCUCAGCUCCACUGGGCCUCCACGCCCCAGGCAAACGCAGUGCUCGAUCCUCUGGUCUCUUCUAAAUGCUCGAAAGAGUCGUGACCCUUUUGGGGUAAGAUACAAGGAUAUUCACUGCUGUACUAUUUCUAACUGCAGAAAGUGGGAAACCCUCCAAAUGUCCGUAGGGCUGCUUGUGGCAUUAUGCUGAACCAUAGGAAAUUGCUGUUUUUAUGGGUCCAAAAUGGUCAGAUAGAUAGCAUUAAUUUCCUGACUCAACCUGACACAUCUACGUAAUGCACAACUCUGUAACAGCUUCAGGCAUUAAUGUGAGAAGUGGGAAGCUGGCUGUUAAGUGCACGAGGCAGGCAGGUGGCUCAGCCAUGCCCAGUGUGACAUGGGUGUGUAUCACACGUACGUGCCGGUCAUGCAGAGUGCGUCACUGCACGUGAAGAGCGGGAAACCUGGGGGGUGGGGUGGGGUGGUUGGAUCACAAAGGACUAAUUUUCUAAAUCAUGCAUUUUAUAAUACUUGAAGUUUUGGAAAUGAGCAUUUAUUUCAUAAUUUUUAAAAAUUUACUUUUUAAAGUCACAUUUUGUAAUACUUGAAUUUUUACAUGUACUGUGUAAUCACAAAAGCAAUAAAGAUUUUUAAAAAAUAGACACGUCAAAAAAGUUUGCCCUCAUUGAGAAUGACGAAAAUGAGGGAAAAAAUGAGUCAAUGACUUUUAAGAAGCUGACCCAUAUCAUUCCGUCUUCGUCACUGAAAUAAAUAUACACACAUUUUCGGAGGUGCCAGUUCAGUGUGGGAUUUGAAAAGUGCCGUUUCAGUUCAUGGCACUGAUCUAGCCUGAUGGGAAGUGGGGACGUGGGAGAGGCUGGCCGCCCCGGAGCGUGGUGGGUCCCGUCUGUGCAGUAAGGAGGCCGGACCAGGCCCAGCGGCCCCCACCCGGUCCCUCCAGCUCCGCGGCUGCCUGUCCAGGGCAGGGCUGCCUGCUCUCUGCUGCUGGAGUGCGCCUGUUACAGCCUCUUCGUGACAUGUUUCUGGAGGGCAACUCAGCAGUUGUCAUAAGGACCCCUUCCUUCCCCCGCCUCCGGCCUCUGGUUGCGCAGGGCUGCCCGGGCACCAGGCCUCCCCAAGAGCCGACUGGUCAGGGCUUCUGCUGCCCACAUCGUGCCGCCUCGGUGCGACCGCCGGGACAGGUGUCCGGAAGCUUGUGCCGGUCUCUCCUGGACUUGGCCCUGCGCACCUUUUCCCUCUGCUAAUUUUAAUCGGGGUGACCAAGAGUGCGACAGCUUUCCCGAGUCCUGUGAGCUCUGAGAACUGUGGUGCCUGAGGCCGGUCCCAGGUCCCCUGCACAGACGUGCGCAAGGAAGCGGGAUGAGUGGCCGAUGGCCGUCGACAGAGUCGCAGGAAUGCUCGCAGGACGCACCCCACACCCCUACUGCUCUGGCACCAGUGGGUCAUUUUGUGAAGAUUCACGUAGAAAGUGUUUCUCAAAAUCUGCAUGUGUCACAUGGCCUGGCCUGCGGGUCGGGUGUUCAUUUUAAAUGCUGGCAGAACACAUCCUCGGAGUACUCCCAAUUAGAGCAAUUUUAACACGCGGUUUAAUACGCUUUUUGAAACGUUAUUUCGUCCCCUGGGCCUGAUCGGCAUUCCAUCCGUCUUGCUCGUGUCACCCUGGGCUGGCCUCACGAAGUGUUUUCUCUGCGCUGGCCUUGCACGUGUGAGCACGGAACAGGUUCCCCAGAUGCGCCGCCCUGGUCCCAGCUGCCUCUUCAUGGGGACACCUGGUGUUUUCUUUUGGUAAUGUCUCACCCUCGGGAGUAACCAUCAGGGACAUGGACUUGCCCACCCCGGCCACCUUCAACACCCAGCAGGUUCCCCCGGGCGUCCCCUGCACUCAAUGUGAUCCUCCGGUUGCCACUGGAAACCACGGAGCUGCAACUUAGUGGAGCCAGCUGGCGCCGGGGAGGCGGGUGGGCGGGACGACGGCCCACCACGCUGUCCGUCUUCAGUUAGAAAAAGGCCUGGAACACGUGGGGAGCUUCCUGCAGUUUAGCUCAGCAACCUGGGCGGCUGGGGAGGAACCUCUCCGGGUUCCACGCGGACCGACCGCGAGCCAGCGGGGUUCAGGCAUCCAGGAGUGAGGUUUACAUUUCGCGUUUUGGUGGGAACAUGCCGACGCAUCUGUCCUGCAGGUGGGCUGUGAUUCAGGUUGAUGCUUCUCCCGGGAGCCAGUGUAGGGGAAAGACAAAAUCCCCUGAAAUCUGAUGCAGCUCGACCCCCACUAAUCUGAGUGCCCUGACUAGCAGUCACUCCUGCAGCAUCUCAGGUUGUAAAUUACGCUCCCUGGAUGCUGCCAAAAGGCCUUAGAAGCAACAUCGUCACACUGUUAAAAGUAGUCUGUUGACCAGUAAAUCACAGAAUGAUUCAGAGCAGGGGAAGGGCACAGCUGCUGAAGGGACAGUGACCACUGAAGCAGAGGGUGAGUGUGGGGACAGGUGCUUCCAGGCGGCACUGGGCCCAUCAAGGACCGUGGGAAACCUUACAGGGCACUUCAACUAUAUUUUGCCCCCAGAUGACGUUAUGUAAGAAACUUCCGUGGUUCGCAGGACAUUUUAGGGGGAGGGAAGUGUAACGGCCGUUGUAACUAAAGCAGAAGUGUUUGCUAGCUCAGCAACAGUAGGACCGCUGCUCACUCGUGAAAAUCCAGCGCGGCCCUCCGGGAGCUGCAGGCAGCUCUCCUGCUGUGCCUGUCACCCGGGGACCGGGCUCCCUCUUGGGCGCUCUCUCCUAGUCCCCGGCCUUGGUGUCCUCUGCCAGCAGCUGGUGACAGGACGGGGCAGCAGACAAGCAGGCCCACAUUUCCUCUCCGGAGCCCACUGGCAAGCAUGUGUCACCAGACGCUCCCUGAGACGGGGGAGGGGCCGUGUAGCUCCGGCAGGGCAGCUGCGCCAGGUAACACUGCACCACGGAGGAGGGCGCGGCUUCCCCACGCCACACAGGGCGAGGAAUGUGAACACCUGCCAUCUCAGAAAUCCCACAGCCUCCCAAGGGGAGGGGCCGCGUCCCUUCCAGCUCACAGCCCUGCGCUCU